GGUACAACCGCGAUGAUGAUCGACCUCACCCACACGCUGACAACAUCAGCCGAAGCCCCGAUGUCGAUAUGGCCGGGGCACCCAACACUGGAGAUGAAAAAAGUUGCCGCUAUCCCGGAACAGAAUGCCAACGUGACGCUUAUUUCACUAGGGUCUCAUACAGGGACUCAUAUUGAUGCGCCCAAUCAUUUCAUUGCGGACGGAUUGACAGUGGACAAGUACGACUUGACCAAACUCGUGGGUCGUGCGCUGGUCAUCGAUGUGAGGGGGAAGAAAGAACGUGAGAUUAUUACCUGGGAGGACAUGCAGAAAUGGGAGGGGGAGAUGCACGAAGGAGUGAUUGUGCUCAUAUGCACUGGGUGGUCGCAAUACUGGGGCAAGGAGAAUUACGAAGAUCACCCGUUCAUGGAUUUGGAUGCGGCGAAGAAGCUUAUGGAGACGGGAGUGAGAGUGAUUGGAUGCGAUACGCUGAGCCCUGACAGCAUAUGCUCACCUGAGUGCCAAGUGCACAGAGAGAUACUGGGCGCGGGAGGGAUGAUUGCAGAGAAUUUACGGGGGAUAGAACAAGUGCUGACAUUGAAGGACCCAAUUGUGAGCCUGCUGCCACUUAAGUUAGAUAGUUGCGAUGGCUCGCCAAUACGAGCGAUAGCUUGGUCUGCAGGAGAUAUUCUGGGGUGAGAAAGUAUUAGUCCGUAGAUGCGGGGUUUCGGAAGCAAUAUAACCAUUAAUGAUUUUACAAGUUGG